GGGAAGGGGAAGCUCGAAACCCGGGGGAAAGGGGACCCCUAGGCAGGAAGUGAGCCUUCGACCUGAAGCGGAAUGGUAUUCAGAAUUCAGACAGUUUCGGUCGCUCGUAGAGAGUAGAGGUGUUCUUCUUUCUUCUGCAUCGGUUGUUCUUCGUUUUCGUUAACGUACUACUACAUCGUGGUAGAACGAAGAAGGGAAAGAGACUACGGACAAAAAUAGAGGCUCGCAGACACGUGCUACAGGGCAAAGUCUACACACGAAGAAGCUUGUAUACUUACUUGCAGCUACACUCGUACGAGGAACUCGCAGGGUUCUCUCCAGAAGGCAAAAGCAGUGUUCGUGAUCAGUGACUUCUACGACUCCGGUUUCGCUGGUCUUCGCCGGGUUUCGGUGUAUUUUGGCUCCUCUGAUAUAUUAUAUAAUAUAUCGCACGUUUAGGUGCCAUCGUUGGUUGAAUUUCAAAGGAGACCGCCGCGCCGGAGCAUCUGUGUGUUUUGCUGACGCGUCGUUGCCACAUUGUCGUAACGCGAUUCGUCGAGCGUGCCGUGGCUCGUAGCCAGUCAGAGAGCGUCUGGUGAACGGUACAGAAGUGGUGAGAGACGGAGCAAGUGAGGGGAAGAAAGUGAUAGUGUCGUCAGUUCUUGCUCGGACUCUGCAACUUACAGAUCGUACGAAGAUCUCUUCAGAACCUGCAAAAGGAAGCAAAAAAAAAAACACUGUGGAGAAAGAACCGAUCACGCAUCGUUGAAGAUGAUAUCAAUAGUAUGACAAUUGUGAGUAGUGUUACCUAUUGGGAUCGUGUUCGCAGAUCGGGGUUGAUCGCUUCGUGAACGUUCCAGCGUUGCGCAGAACAGAGGUCGUCGUACAUAUACGUACAUCUCGUAUCGGAAUGCGUGUUCAUAGUCGGCACGUUGUACGACCAGUGCGCCCACGCGAUAGUGUAAUCGAUUGAUCGGAGAAACGUGUGUAUACGCGGCAUCAGGACUCGCCACUGACGGAAAGGUCUAGUGAUUGGCGACUUAUUGUACAGUCGAUUUUCAUGUCAUCGCUUCGCGCAAAGAGGACGCUGAGGAAGCAGUGACCAGUGGCGUUUUCCGAUUAAUCGGUCCGGAUUAAUCAGUCGCGGUCAUCGACUUGACGAUUUCUCGGCGUGUUCCGUUGAUUUUCCUGACGUAGCCGGUACCAGAAAAGGGCGGCAAACUGUACGGGCACAGGGAGGAAGACAUGCUCACGAUGGAUAUGGACACGAAGGGCGGCAGUCUGCACGCUCAGAUGCCACCACAUCCGCACCAGGGUGUCUCGCCGAUGGGUCAUCACGCCAUGAAUCCUUACGGCACCAUCGGCUCGCUGGUCCACAGUCCGGCGUUAUCGGGAAGUCCCCCCAGCUCGGGCGGCCUAGGCCUGGGACUUCAACAUCACCAUCAGACCUCGCAGCAUCAUUAUAACUCGAUGCAAGCGGCCGCCGUCGCCGCCGCGAGUCAACAACAGAGCAUGCACGCAAUGACGGCGCAACAGAGCGUGCAGCAACAGCAGCAGCAGCACCACUCCCAUCAGCAGCAGCAGCAACAACAGACACAGUCCCAGCAGCACCACCAGCCCAACAACCACAGCAACCCCAACAACCCCAAUAACCCCAGCAACUCGGCCAACGCGAAGAACAACAAUAUGGACCGCGUGAAAAGGCCGAUGAACGCUUUCAUGGUGUGGUCCCGGGGUCAGCGGCGCAAGAUGGCCCAGGAGAAUCCGAAGAUGCACAAUUCGGAGAUCUCCAAGCGCCUUGGAGCUGAGUGGAAGCUCCUUAGCGAGACGGAGAAGCGCCCGUUCAUCGACGAGGCGAAGCGGCUGCGCGCGGUGCACAUGAAAGAGCACCCUGAUUAUAAGUACCGGCCGCGACGCAAGACCAAGACGCUCCUGAAGAAGGAAAAGUUCCCGCUCGGAGGCGGAGUACCAGGUGUCGGCGGCAUGCUCGUCGACCAGCGACAAGUAGGCGCCAGCGGCGGACCCCAGCAGUCCCAAUUGUCCCGCGACGUCUACCAAAUGUCCAACGGGUACAUGCCGAACGGGUACAUGAUGCACGACCCGACGACCGCGUACCAGCAGCACGUCGCGUACGGCGGACACAUGGCCGGUGCCACGGCCUCGGCCGCCGGUUACCCCAGGUACGACCCCAUGGGCCAUCACAUGGGCGGCGGCAGUUCCAGCCCCAUCAACAACUACAUGAACGGCUACGGUGGAUAUGGGGCUGCCGUUUCCAACAAUUCGCCGUCGUCCUAUCACCAGGCCCAGCCGACGACCACCAGUCCCAGCGACCAGAGCGAGGUGAAGUCCGAGCCGCAGAGCCCGAACAGCGCCGGCAUGCACACCCCGACGUCUACGACCGGUCAGGUUCCGGCCACAAUCCCAACAGCGAUCGCCGCGCAAGCCGCGCAAGCUGCACAAGCUGCACAGGUCGCACAAGCGGCCGUCAAACGGGAGUACAUGGUCCAGCAGCCGACGAAUCAGCCGACGUCGCAGAGCGACCUAAGGAACAUGCUCUCGUUGUAUCUACCGCACGGUACGACCGAGCCUGGAAUACCUCACGGCGCGGGCGUUUACUCACCAGGACCGUCUGACUCUCUGGUGCAACACCACUCGGUCGCUCACAUACAGCCGCUCGCACACAUACUCGCUGAUUAAACACGAAGGUUUCAUCUGACUCAUCCUAUUUCCUCGCAAAUCUACCGAAAGAACGGACUAGCGAGAAAGCUAGAAACUUAACGUUUUCCUCACAUCUGUGAUCUGCAACCUAACAUGUAAAACAUCACCUCGUAGGAAUAUCGUAGCUUAAAAAGAAGCAAACUUGGACGGAGGCCUUUAGGAAUCGGAACGCUCAGGCAACUGAGAGGGUAAGAGGGUGGGCACAAAAGCGUGCGCUAGAUCUGGCACGCUUAAUCAAAAAAUAAAUACAAAAAAUAAAGGACGAUUCCGAGGGCAAUUUCCGAGCUACGAGAGAGACAGAGAGCGAGAUAGAGAGACAGAGAGAGAGAAGAGGCGAGACCAAAUCGACCUCUCGGUACUGCAGACCGAGCCUUCACAUCGCACGGAGAAUAAAAGUUCUCUCGAUCAUCAUCCAUCCUCGUCCACGUACUGCGUCAUCAUCGCCAUCGAUCCCUAUUCGCUUAUAGGGAGGAUCCAACCCGGAGGAGACACACAACUCGCGGCUUGCGAGUUUUCGAAGGCGCCGUCGAUGUUUGCGAACGCGUUUGAAAUUGCGACGUUACCAAAGAAUUCCAGCUAGAUAGACAUCCACCUCGAUUCGACUCCAUUUUGGAUCCCGGAAGCGCGACUACGCAUUUCACUUCUCGCCGAUCGAUGUAGAUAUGACUUUUUCCUACGCUUAUUCGGUGUCGAGCGAUGACAACGAGAUGAUUAUUCUAUAACUCGAGAUCGUGCGAAACUUGAACGUCGACGUCGUUCCUUCGUGUUCUUCUCCGUUAUUUCCACCGUGCUGGAUUAAAAAAAAAACAUUUUAUUGUGCUGCGUUCCGAGGAGAGAGAUAAGCAAAAAGGUGGAAACGUGCGUAUGUGAAUAAUUUACAAUAUGUGAUGUCAUUUUUGUGUAAUAAUUGCUAAUAUACGCUACCAUCAAAAGUUUAAGAUCAAAGUAAUAAAUGGAAAAAUCACAAGCUGAAACAUUCCGCUGAAUGUUUCUUGUUUUAUUAACAGCUGCUAGAAGAUCGUAAAAGUGAGAACAGUUUGCAUUAUUUUUUGGUCUUAAACUUUUUGGUAGUGUACUUCUUUUUACGUAUAAGAGUAUUAAAUAGAUUAUAAAAUAUUGUUGCAAAUAUAUAUACGUAAACAAUUUGUUAUAUAUAUAUAUAUAUAUAUAUUGCAAAUUAUUAAUAAGUGUUGACAUUAAUUUUCGAUGACGCGUCGUGUGUACAUAUCAAUUCCGAUCUUCUCCUUUAUUCCGCGUGUAUAUAUAUGUGUAUAUAAUCCACAGAGGGUGUGAAAAAUAUAUCUAAAGCAAUUUUGUAUGCGUAAUCAGAAUUGAAUAUCGUGACAGAAUAUAACAAAAAUUAUGAAUUUUUUUGAAUUUUUUUAGUCCUACUUUUUUAAUUGUGAUAACUAAGUGGUACAACACUUUUAUAUUUACAUUAUUAUAUUCCACAUUAUAUUUCGUCACGUUAUAUUCAAUUCUUAGGCGUACAAAAUUAUUUUAGAUAUUUUAUCUCAUAUACAUUUAUUUUGCGGA